AUGGCUGCAGUCUGCUUUGCCAUUUUACUGACAGAGCAGGUUGAGGCAGCGCAGCGUCGAGAGCAGCAGCAACUAUCGGAGUUGCUUGCCUCCACCAAUGGUAACACUGGCGCUUUCCCCUUGCAAGCCGCUUCACAGCGCUUCUCUUUACUCGCCUCCAAGUAUAAAGAGCUGGAUCAGGAAUACCAGGCUGUGAAGCAGCAACUCGCAGACGCUCAACACUCGUUGGACUCGUACGCCGACCUAGAGACACGCUACACCCAGUUGCAGGAAGCUCAUCUCGUGCAGGCAGCCCUGGUACAGCGUCUGCAGCGCGACAAGCAACACGCCGCAGCGCUGAAGGAGAAAGUGAUCCGACAGUUCGAGCAGACGGUGGCGCAGCAAUCAGCGGAGGCACCGGAGCGGUCACCACCACGUCAGCACGAGCCACUAGACAGCAGCAAUAAUGGGGACAGCAACGGCAGUGAGACAAGAGAGGCGCUUCUGCGUGUGCGAGUCCAGGUUCUAGAGCAACAACUGCAGACCAACGCACGCGAAGCUGCGGCCGAAAUGAGUGCGCUACGCAUGCGCAUCUUGGAACUGGAGACAGCAGCGAGCCGCCGUGCUGGGAAAUAA